AUGAAACCAUUAUCAACUAGAAAAUAAAUUAACAAUAAGAAUUAAGAAAGUAUGAAACUCAUGAUAACUAAGAAAAAGAUUUCAAAAAAAAGUGGACCAAGAAUCACAAAAACAAUUAAAGAAACAAUUGAAAAUGCUCAAAUGAUCUAACCUAGUGCUGGAACAAGAAGAUUACCAAGAUAAAAUAGAAGAAAUAAAUUAGCUAGAUUGAAUGCUUUAAGAAGAAGAAAUUGA